GCAUGAUGAUGUCGAGAAAAGUAAGAAGCUUUUCCCUCCUGCGCCCUCUUGGAGCCCAAAGCCACCUGGAUUCCUGCUCCCCAGGGGCCAUUGGCCCCACUCACCACCAGCUCCAAUACCACCAGCCUAGCUCCUUGCCGUGUUGCUAUGGGGACCAGUCUGUGGCAUCCCAGGCUGAGCCCCGCCUGCCUGCCUCCCCAGCUCUCCACGUGCUGGCUUUGUGAGGGCUCAGUCUCUGCAGCUGUGGCCAGCGGAAGACAAGGGCGCUGCCAAGGAGACAGGACCACCCACAGGACCCCAGGAGGGGCUGAUCAGGGCCUGGAAGAACAGCUCAGCUCUUGACAUCUCUGAGGAGACCCCCCACCCCCCAGUUUCCUGCCCUCCGGGACCCAGCUGAUCUCCGGAAGCUGUCCCUCUGAAAGUGUGCCAGCCUCCAAGGUUGCCUACUCCGGGGCUACGGAAGGCACGAAUUUCUCUUGUUUGUUUUAAAAUGACUCUCAUUCCCAAAGGAAGUCACACCUUCUAAAGAACUCCACUUCCAAUGGUCUGGGCAAGACAUUUUAAUAGAUUGUUCUAGCCUCUGUUGGGCAAUUCUAAAGCCCCAGAGGAAGCAGGUGCCUGUUCAUCAAUCCCUGGCAGCCUCAUUGGGCAACAGCAUUGGGCAACAGGAAGCCCUUGGCCAACCUCCUAGCACAGCCCAGGGAGUUUGGCUGUGAAGAUGGAAUUGAAUAGGAGCUCUUCCUCCACUCCCCAAGAAGAAGCCAUUUCCCCUCUUGGGGUACUUGGUGCUGGGCCUAGAAGCAACCCACUAGGGAAGCUUCCAGCCCUUCCCAUUGGGCCAGGCCCCCACCUAGGGGCUCAUGGCAGCUCAGCCUCAUCAGGGGACAGCUCCUUGGGGGAGCCAAGUGGUGCCAUGAAGAUCCCCAACAGAGACAGUGGAAUUGACAGCCCAUCCUCCAGUGUUGCCAGUGAGAACUUCCCCUGUGAAGAGGGCAGUGAGGGCUCCCCAAGCCCAGCUGUCUUGGGGCUACACUCUGAGACAGCUGUGGACAGCCGGGUCCCACAGGACAACCCCCAGGAGGAGGAAGAUAGUGGUGUGGGUGAGGAGCCUGACCCCAAGAUCACCCCCUCUAGACCUGAGGAGGAUGUCGGCUUGACAAAGCACUCUGACCCACAGAGGCUGCUCCACAUUGCCCAGGAGCUCCUACACACGGAGGAAGCCUAUGUGAAGCGGCUGCACUUGCUGGACCAGGUUUUCUGUACCAAGCUGACAGAAGCAGGGAUCCCUCCAGAAGUCACCACCGGCAUCUUCUCUAACAUCUCUUCCAUCUCCCGCUUCCAUGGGCAGUUCCUCCUGCCUGAGCUGCAGAAGAGAAUCACAGAGGAGUGGGAUACAAACCCUCGCCUCGGAGACAUCCUGCAGAAACUGGCUCCAUUCCUGAAGAUGUAUGGCGAGUAUGUCAAGAACUUUGACAGAGCAAUGGGGCUGGUGAGCACUUGGACCCAGCGUUCUCCGCAGUUUAAGGAUGUCAUCCAUGCCAUCCAGAAGCAGGAGGUGUGCGGGAACUUGACACUGCAGCAUCACAUGCUGGAGCCUGUGCAGAGGGUCCCCCGCUAUGAGCUGCUGCUCAAGGACUACCUAAAGAGGCUCCCCAGGGAUGCCCCAGACAAGAAGGAUGCAGAGAGGUCCCUGGAGCUCAUCUCCACAGCUGCUGACCACUCCAAUGCUGCCAUUAGGAAGAUGGAGAAAAUGCACAAGCUCUUAGAGGUGUAUGAGCAGCUAGGUGGGGAAGAGGACAUUGUUAACCCAGCCAAUGAGCUGAUCAAGGAGGGCAACAUCCAGAAGUUAUCAGCCAAGAAUGGCACCACUCAGGACCGACACCUUUUCCUGUUCAACAAUGUGAUGCUCUAUUGUGUACCCAAACUAAGGCUCAUGGGCCAGAAGUUUAGUGUACGGGAGAAAAUGGACAUCUCUGAUCUCCAGGUGCAAGAUGUUGUGAAACCAAAUGCAGCCCCCACAUUCAUCAUAACAGGAAGGAAAAGGUCCCUGGAGCUUCAGACUCGGACAGAAGAAGAGAAGAAAGAAUGGAUUCAGGUAAUUCAGGCCACCGUGGAGAAGCACAAACAGAAGAGUGAGACCUUCAGGGCCUUCGGUGGUGCCUGUAGCCAGAAUGAGGAGCCCAGCCUGUCUCCAGACCAGCCUGUCCUGAGUGCCAGCUCUGUGGAACCUGUGGGGGUAGCCGACAGCAAUGGGGGUGCUUCUGGGAUCGAGUCCAGAAAGUCAUCCUCUAAAACAAGACGUGACAAAGAGAAGCCCGGAUGUAAGAGCUGUGGCGAGACCUUCAACUCCAUCACCAAGAGGAGGUAUCGCUGCAAGCUGUGUGGAGAGGUCAUCUGUAGGAAGUGCUCAGAGUUCAAGGCAGAGAACAGUAAGCAGAGCCGUGUCUGCCGAGAGUGUUUCCUGGAAGAGUCCCUGGUCCCUCCCAGCCCCAGCUCUGAGGUCCCAGCUGAGCUCAGACAGAGAACAGAGAAGCCUCCUUCUGUAGAUCCUCGGCCCAGCCUGCUCUGUGGUACCCUGAAUCUGUCAGAUGAUGGUACGGCUUGGAGUGAAGUGUGGGCAGCCAUCCCUGAGUCAGAUCCCCAGGUGCUAGACCUGCUGGCAGGCAGCCAGGCUGGCCGACUGCUGUAUAGCAUCCCACUCUCUGGCUGUACUAUAAUAGUGCCUGGCCCUGAGGAGGGGCUGGAGGCAGGGUAUGUGUGGAAGCUGCACCAAGGCUCACAGACCUGGUGGCUGAGCACCUCCUCCAUAGAGCUGCAGCAGCGCUGGCUGAAAGCUCUGAGCACUGCAGGUUGUGGGGACACAGCUGGGGACAGACCAGAGACCUCCCAGCCCCAGGCCCCAGCAAGCACAGACACUCCAUGAGCAGAGCCUCCUUACUGUCCUUCCCAUUACUGUAAUUGGCCUGUGUUCUUUUAUGGGUGACCUUAGAAGCCGAGUGAAGGGAUGAAGUACUCCUCUGACCACUGAGGAUGGACCAAGUGGCCCAGAGAAGAGUAGCUAUGGGUCCAAGAUCACUCAGCAAGCCUUAGAUAAGAAUUAGGCUUCUGGCUCCGGCGCCAGCAUUGUGGUGAGAGCAUGGAGAAUGACCACUACAAAGCAAAAUGUCACUGGAGCAGACUGAGUGAUGAUGACACCAGCCCUCGAAGGCACAAGGGUACUGUCCAGGGGUGAUCAUGCCCAACCUGGUGUGACGUCACUCUGGAAAAGGCAGAGUAGUCUGGCUUGACCUGGCCUUUGUCCAUCUAUCCACUGUGUGACCUGGACCAUGACGUGCUUCUCUGGGCUUCACUUCUACGUGCCCUCUCCUGAAGCAUUACUACUCCUGCUGAGCCCAUGAAGGGCAAGGAGCAAGAGCCUCCUUAUCCCACCAUUCCUAAACAGAGACACUCAGAGGCUGCGGGGAGUUGACCCUUAUCCCUGUGUGGCAGGUUUGUGAGGUUUCAGACUGGCCCCUCUGUGGGCAGGUACCAUGCUCAUCAGUAUAAAUAAAUGCUGUCUGUCAGCUAGUGAGCACAGCCUGGGAACCUUCAACCCCACUCUUUGCAGGGCUCCCCUCAAGGCAGGUGGCUAGUAGAGGAACGUAGACGAAGGUGGCAAAAUGGAAGACAGGCCACACACUUGUCUUACAGAGCAGUUCUGCAUCCCUAAUGCUGUAGGUAGUGGGUGAGCAGCUAGGCUGAUGGCGGGGUAGGGGUGCACUCAUUCAAGAUGUGGGGAUGUGACAAAGGUCAUGGGACCCAGAGGGCUGUUUGCCUCUCAGGGAGUAGGAAAUUUAGAGACCAGGGAUGAUGUUCGGACCUUGAGGAGUCCAGCUCUCUAACAUCAGCUCAGCACUGUGUGGGGACAACUGGGCAGGCAAGAGGGGCAACUCCAUGGUGAGGUGAGGAGGGUUAGAGCCAGAAAUGGGUGCUAGUUAUAGGUGACAUUGAGACACAGAGAUGAGGUGGGCCCUCAAGUGAAAUGGGGACCUGGGCUGGGAGUCUUGGUCAGGUAGGAUGGGGUAGAAGUAAAGUGGAUGGGGCAGGAGUGAGGUGGACAUGGCAGAGGUGAGGUGGACAGGGCAGAGGUGAGGUAUACAGGGCAAGGGUGAAAUGGAUAGGGCAGGGAAGAGGUGGAUGGGGCAGAGGUGAGGUGGAUGGGGCGGGGAUGAUAUGGACAGGACACAAGUAAGGUGAAAUAAGGUGGACAGGGUGCAGGUGAGGUGUCAGAAAACCAGAACACAGCUGAGUCUAUGUGAGAGCCCCCAGCACUGGGCAUGGGCUGCCUCAGGAUUGCUUGCAGACCCCUCUGCCUUGCAGAGCACCUCCACAGAGGGAGGAACGAGUUGGGGGGCCUUCUAGCUCCUACUCAAGUAAAGCCCUCACCCAGUUCUGAAUGGGGCAGUGCUGAAGGUGGCCCAGGCAGAACAAGGAGCAAAGGGGGGGGCUUUCCUUGGCCAGGUGCACCGUGUGGUGGACACUUGGACAGCCACAAGCCUUCAGCCUCUUGCUGUCCUUUGCUUCCUCCUGCUCAUAGCAGUUCUGGCCCUUGCCUUUCAAGGAUUCCAAGUGCUCAUCCUCUGAAGAGUCAGAGCCUGAGGAGGUGCUUCUGUGUAUCCUGCCCCCUAGGGAGUGCCUCUGCCCAUCCUGCCCCAGGACUAGUCAGUUUGCAGCUUGGGGGCUCUUGAUGCUACCUGAGCACAAAGGUGUAUAGGUUACUCUUCUCGUUGCUGUGACAAAAAUCUUAGACAAAAGCACCUUACAGAAGAAUGAGGUUAUUUGGCUCACAGCUUGAGGGUAUGAUCCAUCAUGGUGAGGAAACCUGUGGAUGCAGGAGAGCUGGCUGGGUUCUGUCCACGGUCAGGAAGUGGAGGGAUGGAUGCUGGCUGGGUUCUGUCCACGGUCAGGAAGCAGAGGGAUGGAUGCUGGCUGGGUUCUGUCCAUGGUCAGGAAGCAGAGGGAUGGAUGCUGGCGUCCCACCCACUUUCCCCUUUUUACUCAUCCCAGGACCCUAAGCGAUGGAAUGUUGCUGUUCACAUUCAGGGUGGGGUUUCUCUUCUCAAUUAAACUUUUCUGAAACACCCUAA